GUAUUUCUUCCCAUAUUUGAGAUUGGGUGUGUGCAUGAAUUCUUCGCUUUGUAUCUUUUUUUGUUACUGCAUGCUUGUAGGCGUGUACAUGCACGAGUGCAUAUAAGUAAGCACGAAUUCGUACAAUUGAACGAGUGAAAUAGUUGAAAUUCAAAAAAAAUGUCGAUAAUAUGUAUAUUGGGAAUAGGCAAAUAUUAUUACGAAAUUUAUUAAAACGAUCGAAAGUACUCUCGCUAAGGUUCGAGACUGGGUUGCAAUAACGUCGUUACUAGAGAGUGAGAGAGCGUAUAAUUUAAGAGAAAUCUGUAAAUUAUCUUUAGCUAAGGCCCAACCAAAUUUAUACAUCUGACUGAAGUUUCUGACCUGCUUCAAAUAAAGUUCGAAAAAGCGAUAGCAACGUCCACACAUCUACUAAAGAAAGUCCAAAUUUGUGCAUACCAUUUCAAAGAGCACAUGGAUAAUAAUUAAAAACUUAAUUGCAAAGGUGUUUCUGUUAUUUUAAACGCUCAGCAUGGGGGUUGCUGAAGAAUUUGCUCCCAGCUUCGUAAAGAAGCCACAACUUCGUCAAGAGGAUGAUGGCAAUAGGUUAAUUUUUGAAUGUCAGCUACUUUCGUUACCCAAGCCUGACAUUGAAUGGUAUCGCAGUGACAAUUUGUUAACAGAAAAUGAAAGAACUAGAUUCAAAACACAACCAAUUGCGGAUAACAAAUUCACAGUUAUAUUAGAACUUGAUGAUGUCAUUGAAGCAGACGCUGGACUGUACAAAGUUAAAGCAAAAAAUAAAUCAGGGGAGGUUUCAGCUUCAAUCAACUUAAAUUUUAGACCCGCUGACGAACCAAAAGAAAAACAAAUCGACGGAUUCGCGCCGACUUUCGCGAAAAAGCCCGCUAUCCGACAGGAGGAUGAUGGAAAACGUCUGCUCUUCGAAUGUCGCGUCAAUGCAGAUCCGAUACCAACCAUUAGCUGGUUUCACAAUGGAAAUCCCGUUACGGAAUCGUCAAGGCAUAAAAUGACAAUUCAGAAAGAUGUAAAUUCAUACUUUGCUUCCUUAGAAAUUAAAAAUGUCACUGUUGAAGAUGCUGGAAAAUACAAAGUAAACGCCAAAAAUGAGCUCGGAGAGAGCAAUGCCACCAUUAGCCUGAACUUCGACAGCGAUGAAGCACCGGUGCCCGAUGACGGCAUUAAACCGACAUUUACAGAGCGCCCAGUUAUACGCCAAAGUGAGGACGGAGGCAAUGUAACAUUUGAAUGCAGAUGUGUCGGAGAUCCAAAGCCAACCGUAACGUGGUACGAACUUAUAUACACUAUAUUCAUGACAAAAUUGAAAUAUAAACUCAGUAUUGAAAAUAUGUACUUUACUGUCUUCAACGAAUAAAAAUGUAAGAAUUUCAGUUAUGAUCCACCUAAAAUGAAAUAAAUGAAAAUAAAUUUUCCUAGCACCGAUCUAUAUAGACCACAUGUACAAAUGUAAAUAUGUUUAGACCUGAACUAAGCUGUCUUCGAUUCACCACGCGUUGGAGAGAAACGAAUCAAACAAACCAAAUUCACAAUUGUAUUGCGAUUCAUUCUUUGGUUCUUCAUACAUUCUUCGUUCCGGGUCAAAAUCGUUUUAGUAACCUUUUAGGUUUGUUUUCUAUAAACAAAUAUAAUUUAUCUAAAACUAUAAUUUGUAAAUUGAUCUACUAAAAUUUACCUUAGCAAUAACUUUGUUGUUUCUUUUAAAUGUAAUAUUUUUGGAUAGAGAACAGCGCGCAAAGUUAGUAAUCAGUGAAACGGUGAAUCGAAGACAGCCUUUGUAAAAUUAUGUGAUUAGCGAACUGAUAGAUAUUAAUUUUCUAUUGGGUUCAAAUAUUAAAAAACUAUGCUUUUUUAAUUUUAAUGGUGUAAUUUGUGUACCGUUGCGAUAAAAGUAAAACAAAUAAAAAUCCUUGCAUUUUUGUUGAGAUGAAUGAAAAUACGUAUUACAUACUGGGCUUGUCAGAAAAAAAAACAUUAUUCGCCGUCCGACUUGUCCUUUUUAAAAAGGUUUCAUGGCCAAGAGGAACUCAAGGAAGGCGGAAGAUAUAAAGUGUCCUUAUCUUUGGAUCAAACAUUAUACCACAUGGCGCGAUUAGAAAUCAGUAGUGUUAUUUCAAGUGAUCAAGGAGAAUAUCGCGCACGUGCAAGAAAUCAGCACGGCGAAGGUGUGGCUACAAUCAACCUAAACUUUGAAAGCGGCUCAAAAAAAAUUCCGGAUGGUAAAUCGCCGCGUUUUCCGAAAAAGCCAACCAUUCGACAAGAGGAAGACAUAUUAAUAAUGGAAUGUAUAUUAGAAGCACACCCGGUCCCAGACAUAACAUGGCAUUGUGCCGAUCAAAAAAUUGAAGAUUCAAAGCGUACAAAGAUGUCAAGAAAGGCAAUUUCUAAAGACACAUAUGUGUUGAUACUGGAGAUCCAAAACCCCACCAAGGACGAUGGUGGUAAUUACCGUUGCAACGCCGUAAAUAUGUAUGGCGAAAGCAAUGCUAAUAUAGCACUGAAUUUUCAAGGCAGCAAUGAUAAUGGAUUUGCACCAUCAUUCAUCGAAAAACCUCGAAUCAUACCAAACGAUUCCGGAACUCUAAUUACGAUGAAAUGCAGAUGCAAAGCGAAACCUGAACCCACAGUUAGCUGGUAUAGAGGUACACAAUCGGUCAGUGAAGGUAAAAAAAUAAAAAUCAAGUCGACUCUGAUUGCUGAAGACACCUUCGAACUGACUUUAGAGAUCAAGGAUCCUGGUGCUGCUGACGGCGGCACUUACCGCUGUAAUGUUCAAAAUGAGUAUGGAGAGUCUAACGCAAAUCUCAAUUUGAAUAUUGAAGCUGAACCAGAACCCGAAGGAGAAGGUCCCACAUUUGUGGAGAAACCACGCAUAAUUUCCGAAAAUAAAGGAAAACUUGUAAUAAUGGAAUGUAAGGUUAAGGCUGAUCCAAAGCCAGAUAUAAUUUGGUACCGUAACGGUCAAAUUAUUCAAGAAAGUAGUAAAAUAAAAAUGUUUAUGGAGCAACGUGGUGAUCAAUACUACAUUAAGCUGGAACUUAUUGAUCCACAAUUAGAAGAUUCAGGUCUCUAUAAAUGCAAUAUCAAAAAUGCACUAGGUGAACUAAAUGCAAACCUGACGUUAAAUAUUGAAAUAGUUCCUGUUAUUAAAGACAAACCAAAAAUUAUUAAAAUCAUUAAAAAACGUACUGUAGUUAUUGAAUGUACAGUAGCGUCCAAAUUUGAACCAAAAUGUACUUGGUACAAAGAAGAAACGGCGGUGAGAGAGAGCCAACGCCACGUUUACCGCGUAGAACAAACAAAGGAGGGCGAGUUCGCCGUGAAAUUGGAAAUAAAUGAAGUGAUGGAAACUGACAAGGGCUCUUACAAACUAAUAGCUAGCAAUGAGAAAGGAGAGGCAAUUUCACAAGUAGUUCAACUUGUAGAUAUUCCAGAAGAGGAGCGUAAAUCUACUGUACCAGAGCUAGUUAAAACUCUUUCAGAUCAGACUGUAGUUGAGUUGAAACCUUUCGAAUUGCAUGUCACAUUGAAACAGAAUGAUCGUAAAUGUAAAAUUGAAUGGUUUAAAGGAAGUAUAUUAGUCCGUGAAACGAAAGAAAUUACAACCACAUUUGAUGGUACAAAUGCACGACUAACAUUCAGCACAGCACGCCAAGAGCAUUCCAGCACUUACAGAGUGGUAGUCAUCAAUGAGACCGGCAAGGUAGAGUCAACUUGUAAGAUCACUGUCGUAAAGAAGCUUGUUAAGAAAAAAGACACACAACAGGAAACUGAAGAGAAAAUCAAGAAAGAGGAGGAAAAAGCUGACAAGCCAAAUGAAAGAAAAGAAGAGAAGCAACAGGAAAAUUUAAAUAUUGAAGAAGAAAAGAAGCAGAAAGAAAUUGAAAAGAAGAAAAUCGAAGAAGUGGUGAAGAAUGAUACCAAAAAAAAUGCUUCAAAGGAUGAGUCGAAUACUGAAAACCAGAAGGAAUUGGUUGAGCCGAAAAAGAAAAUGUCAAAAGCAAAUGAAAAAAUUAAAAAUAUAAACGAAUCACAAAAAGAACCGAAAGAAAAGCCAAAUAAAAUCGUUGAGAACCAAGAAAAAGAUAAGAAACAAACAGAAGACGAAAAGCAGGGACAACCUGAAAUAACUUCUGUAAGGAAAAUAGAUCGCAAGGCCAGUAUACAAGAAGAACGCAAAUCAGAAGUUCGUAGGAAGUCUGUAAUAAAAACACAGGAGACAACCGUAAUAGAUGGAGAUAAAGUAUCAUCUCGACGUUCAUCAGUUGAGCAACAUGAAGAGUCCAGCCGGGAAUUGUGUAGAUCGUCCAUUAUGGAAAAGACAGAACUUGAGAAACCUGAAAACAAGAAAAUUGAGGCGAAUAAAAAUCCACAGCAAAUAAAAGAGGAAAUACCGAAACUUAAACCCGCUGAACAACGACAAAUAUCAAAGCUAAAACAAGAAGAAAAGACUGUAGUAGAAGAGUUGCCAAAAUUACGAAAAACUUCUAUUGCUACACUUAAAGAAGACCCUCAGCCAGAACCGCCCAAGCCUAAAGCCAAGGCUAAGGUCAAAGCUAAGCCGAAAUAUGAAGAAUUACCAGAAAUACCGGACUAUGAAAGGCCUGUUCUAGAAAAAUAUGAAAAAUCUGAAUUCGCGGCAAGUGACUUUAGUCGUGAACUUGAUAUACCCACAAAAAUGGAAAAACCAGUAUUAGAUUCUGAGAAAAAAGAACCAGAGAAAGCUAUUCUAAAAAACGGACCACCAAAGAAAGAAAAGGCCGACCAAGUGCUAGCUGAAGAGCCCACAGGCUUCAAAGUAGGUAAAGGAAAGAUUCCAGAAGAUACCACUGAAGUUGAUUCAGCAAGUUUGCGUCCCGUGAUUAUUGAGCCAGAGGCAAAAACACCAUCUGAACUUGCUGCUCCUGUUGAGGGUAAUAAAUAUCUUAAGGAGCUCAUUCAGCAACGUCGACGUUCUUCAGUUAAAAAUCUUAUGACCAAAGAACCCAUUGAAAACUUUUUGGGAGUAGUUUUAAAACCCGUAGCAAAAGAUCCAAGAGAUGAAGAAGUUCCACAGCAAGCCCAACAGAUGUUAAAGGAAACAAUGAAAAAAGGUAAACUCACGGUAGGAUCCGAGAAAGUGAAAGUUCAGGUUUUGAAAAAACCUGAAGGUUUACCAACAAUCUUGGACAACUAUGAAGGUCCCGAAAUAGAAAUAUAUGCAAAAACUGAAUUUGAAAAGAAAGUAAACGCUAAAAGUAAAUCACAAUUAACGGCUAAAAAGGUUAUAUCUCAAGACCAAUCGCCUGCAGAAGUUUCGACAAAGGAUGAUAAGCCAAAGGUGCCAAUAAUUCAGCCGCCUGCAUCAGGAGAACCGCCCAAGAUUGAAGUUGUCCGUGAAAAACGUCCUUCGCUUGCACCAGAACCAGCGAGCCGACGGGGAUCAUUAGUGCCACCUGAAAUGGGACGUCGACCGUCGCUCAUAAUAAAUGAUGAGAAGAAACUGCGACCCGGCGAAGUUGCGGAUAGUAGGCGUCGCAGAACGUCAAUUGAUAUACGUCGGCCCAGUGUUCAGGAUCUUGAAGAUUUGAUUAACAAACCAUCCACACCAUUACGUGAAGUCGGUGACGGUGGUCCACCACAAAUUAUUGAUGUACAGGAGUCAUAUUCAGUCGUUGAAGACUCAACGGCUUAUAUGACAGUUGGCGUAGAAGGUAAUCCAGCGCCAACCUUUAGAUUCUACAAAGGUGUCAGCGAAAUCAUUGAAGGUGGCCGUUUUAAGUUUCUUACUGAUGGUCAAACAAAUUCUAUUACGCUCUGUAUGCGAAAAUGUAAACCUAAUGAUGAGGGCAAAUAUAAAGUUGUUGUUGCAAACAUACACGGCGAAGAUUCUGCCGAAAUGCAAUUGUAUGUAUCCGAUUCUAGUGGCAUGGAUUUCCGGGCCAUGCUCAAAAAACGUCGUUAUCAAAAAUGGGACAAAGAAGAAGAAGAUCCCAAUUGGGGUGAAUUAAAACAAACUGAGAAACCAUUGCCGACACUCAAAAAAGUAGAGAGGAAGCAAGAAUCCUUCUUAAGUCCGCUCAUCGAUCAAUUUGCCAAGGAAGGUAAAGAUAAGAAAGUUGUAUUUGAAGCGCGUUUCAGUAAGCCAAAUUGUAAACCCAAAUGGAUGUUGCGAAAAGAUGAACUGUUCACUGGCAGCAAAUAUAAAUUCAAGAAUGAGAAUGACACUUACCAGUUGAUUGUCAUGAAUCCUAAAGUAGAAGAUGGCGGAAAGUAUACCAUAGAAAUUGGAGGCGUAUCCAGCACUGCAUUUUUGAACGUCGAAGAAGCUGAUCCCAGCUAUACAUUUACUAAACCGCUUAAGAAGAAAAUCGAAGGAUUUACGCAACAUGAGACAACUUUGGAGUGUGCUGUUAGCAGUAGCAUGGCCAAUGUGACCUGGUUCAAAGAUAAUAAGAAAAUCGAAUCCGAUGACCCACGUUAUCUAAUAUCGAAAGAUAUAAAUGGAAACCUCAAGCUCAUAAUUAAAGAUUCUGUACUUGAAGACACUGGUCAAUAUCGUUGCCAAUUAGACAAGCAACCAGAUAAGACUGAGACAGCAGUUAAAAUUGUCGAAUACCCUUAUAAAUUUGUAAAAGUACUAAAAUCACUACAAUGCAUUGAAAAAGACAAUAUAACACUUGCGUGCGAAAUUGAUGACGCUACGGGUGAAGUACAAUGGUGGCGCGGUGAUGAAGAAAUCAAAGGUGAUAAGCGCAUACAAAUCGUUAAAGAUGGUCGUAAACGCAAACUAAUUAUCAAAGAUUGCAAGGUCAGUGAUGCUGGGCAAUUCAAAUGUACAACAAAUGCUGACAAAACUGAAGCUGAAAUUAUAAUUAAUUAUCAGAAUCGUUUUAAUAAAAAGCUCAAGGACACAGAUGCUGUGGAGCGUGAAAAACUGGUACUCGAUGUCGAAUUGCAAGAUCAAACUGCACCUUGCGAGUGGAAAAUCAAUGGUAAUCCUGUAGAGCCAAAUGAGCGUAUUGAAAUUAAAAAUCUUGGUGGUGGCAAGCACCAGCUGAUUUUCAAUAAUCUUGAUCUUGGCGAUGAGGGUGAAAUAACAUGUGAAUCUGGUAAAUUAUCUUCAACUUGCAAACUAUCAGUACGCAAAGGUGAAAGUCGUCCAAACAUUGACUGUUCGGACGAAUUUGCUGGUCCAAUAAGCGCGCCUGUGGUACUCGAAGUACCAUACAAAGUUAACGGUACAAGACAAACUCCCGUAGAGGCCAAAUUAGUGAAGGAUGGUAAGCCAUUGCCUGUAAAAGAAGUUGAAGUGGGUGUAACUGAAGAUAAAAUAACAUUUAAAAUUAAGAAACCAGCGCGAGAACUUUCAGGCCCAUAUGAAAUAAAAUUAUCUAAUGGUCAAGGUGAAGAUAUUAAGAAUGUAACCGUUAUAUUCCAAGAUGUUCCGCAGCCACCACGAAAUGUCGAUGUAGUUGAAGUUUUCCAGAUAUCUUGCAAAGUGAUCUUCGAUAAACCCAACGACGAUGGUGGUUCAGCAAUUAUUAAAUAUAUAGUCGAACGCCAAGAUCUAAGCAAAAAGCAAAGCUGGGAAGUUGUCGCUGAGGUUCAGCCACAAGAAAAACUAUUUAAGAAGAUAGAGGACCUUACGCCAAAAAGACAAUACAGAUUCCGUAUACGUGCUGUAAAUAAGAUUGGUCCAUCGGACCCUGCUCCUUUCAAAAAUAUUGUAUUAGCAAAAGAUCCAUGGGAUGAACCAGGCAAACCGAAAAAUGUUGAUCUCACAGAUUGGGAUAAAGAUCAUGCUGACUUAAAAUGGGAUGCACCGGACAGUGAUGGCGGUGAUCCAAUAAUUUCUUAUAUCAUUGAAUACAAAGAAAAAUUCUCUAAUGACUGGGUAGCAGGCAAGGAAGUUCCUGGCGACGCUCGUGCGGGUACAGUAGAUGGAUUAAAAGAGGGACAACAGUAUGAAUUCCGAAUCCGUGCUGUUAACAAGGCUGGUCCCGGUGAACCCAGCGACAAAACGAAAGCUAUAAUUGCUAAAUGCCGAUUUGUAAAGCCAUUCAUAGUUGGUGAUGGUAUGAAAAAUGUUGUAGUGAAAAGAGGUCAAACUAUACGUUUUGAUAUUAAAUAUGAUGGCGAACCAGAACCAGCGGCUAAAUGGUGCAAAGGUACAGAUAAUUUGAGUUUCGAUAACCAACGUAUUACACUUGACCAAAUGGAACGAAAUUCAUGCAUUACCAUCAAAAAGGCAAUUCGAAAAGAUACUAGUAUUUACAAGAUUGUGUUAUCAAAUAGUUCUGGUACUAUUGAAAGUGAAGCACAGGUAACUGUGUUGGACAAACCAUUAGCUCCCGGUGGUCCAAUGGAACCUGAAGAAGUGAGAGCUGAUCAUAUCAAAAUGAAAUGGAAGCGUCCACAGGAUGAUGGUGGUUGCGAUAUAACUGGUUAUGCAUUGGAAAGAAUGGAUGAAGAAACGGGACGUUGGAUACCAGCGGGUGAAGUUGGUCCAGACGAAACCUCUUUCAAUUUUAAAGGCCUAACUCCAAAUAAAAAAUAUAAGUUUCGCGUCAAGGCUCUUAAUAAAGAGGGUGAAUCCGAACCAUUAGAAACCACCGAUCCUAUUAUUGCUAAGAAUCCCUACGAUCCGCCAAGUCCACCUGGCAAACCAGAAAUUGCAGAUUAUGACAAUAAGAGCGUUACACUUAAAUGGAAGCGUCCACCAUCCGAUGGGGGUAGGCCCAUAUUGAAUUACAUUGUUGAGAUGAAAGACAAAUUUUCGCCAACGUGGAGUGAAAUUGCCAAAACUGAAGAUCCCGCACCAGAAUGCUAUGUCGAUGGACUUAAAGAGAAAAUGGUUUAUCAAUUUAGGGUACGUGCUGUUAAUAAGGCGGGCGACUCAGAUCCUUCAGAACCAACCGACAAUCACUUAUGCAAGCAUAGGAACCUAAAACCACAAAUCGAUCGUUCAACAUUUAAGCGGGUUAUAAUUAAGACUGGGCGCACUCACAAAUGGUCAGUUGAUGUCAUUGGUGAACCAGUUCCAACUUUGCAUUGGAGCUGGCGUGAUGAUAUACCACUCUCCACUGGCGAUCGCAUAAAAAUUGAGAACGUCGAUAAUCAUACCGACUUCAUAAUAACGAAUGUGGUGCGUAAAGAUAGCGGUAUGUAUACACUAAAAGCUGAAAAUCGCAACGGCGUAGACCAAGAGACCGUAGAACUGGUUGUGCAUGGGAAACCGACAUCGCCGAAAGGACCGCUAACCGUGAGCGAUGUAACUGCGAAUGGAUGCAAAUUGCAAUGGAAAAAACCUGAGGAUGAUGGUGGUGUACCAAUUAAAGAGUACGUCGUUGAAAAAAUGGACACAGCUACUGGCAAGUGGGUGCGCGUAGGCCGUUCACCUGGUGAAAAGGAGCCGCCCAGUUUUGAUGUAACAGGCUUAAAUCCGGGAUCCGAAUAUAUGUUUCGUGUUUGCGCGGUUAAUGAUGAAGGUGAAUCUGAACCGUUAACCACAAUAGUUGGUGUAGUUGCCAAAGAUCCAUAUGAUGAACCGAAUAAGCCAGGAACUCCCGAUAUCACCGACUUUGACAACCAAAGCAUUUCCAUAAAGUGGACUCCGCCAAACAAUGAUGGUGGUGCACCAAUUGAAAAAUAUAUAAUUGAGAAAAAGGAUAAAUCGAAGCCUGAUUGGGAAAAGGUUAUUGAAGUCCCGGGAAACCAAUUGGACGCUUGCAUAGAUGGAUUACAAGAGUAUGGAGAAUAUCAAUUUAGAGUUAUUGCUAUAAACAAGGCCGGCCUAUCGCCACCUUCGGAUCCCAGCAAAGUUCAGGUCGCCAAAUACAAGAAACUUAAACCGAGAAUCGAUCGUACUAAUCUGAAGCCACUCUUAAUACGUGCUGGUAAGCCAAUUAAAUAUGAUAUCAAUGUACGAGGAGAAUCCCCACCAACCAUUACUUGGUAUCAAAAUGACAAAGAGUUAAAACCUGAGACGUUGCCUUCGAAUUAUGAGAUUAAAAAUGUGCCGCAUAAUACUAAAAUAUCAAUUAUUGAAACGGAACGCAAGCACACCGGGACCUACAAAAUACGUGCUGUCAAUGAACACGGUGAGGAUGAAGCCGAUGUUGAAGUCAACAUCUUAGGACCGCCAGCUAAGCCAAAAGGUCCGCUUGAAAUUAAAGAUAUAACGAAAGAUAGCUGUAAGCUGAAAUGGAAGAAACCAGAAGAUGAUGGAGGCAAGCCAGUUACAGCCUUUCAAGUUGAAAAGUUUGACAAGAAACAAGGGCGCUGGGUACCUGUUGGACGCACCUCCGGCAAUGAUACCGAAAUCGAUGUCAAAGGUCUUCAAGAGGGCCAUGAAUAUCAAUUUCGGGUCAAAGCUAUUAAUGAGGAAGGUGAAUCAGAACCACUUGAAAGUGACGGUAGUAUUGUUGCGAAAGAUCCUUACACCACUGCUGGUAAACCGAGUGUGCCAAAGAUUGAUGAUUAUAAUGAAUAUAUGGUUAAAUUAAAAUGGGAACCUCCUAAUGAGAAUGGAGGUGCGCCAAUCACAGGUUAUGUAAUUGAAAAGAAAGACAAAUAUUCGCCCAUUUGGGAAGAGGUGUUAGUAACAAAUACUCCUAACCCUGAGGGAACCGUUGAGGCCCUAGUUGAAGGCAAUAUCUACCAAUUCCGUGUACGUGCUGUAAAUAAAGCCGGUCCUGGUGAACCUAGUGCUGCGACGGAACCUCACAUUGCUAAGCCGAGGAACUUGAAACCGCAUAUUAACCGCGACAAAAUGAAGCCUAUAAAAGUGCGAGCAGGUCAAACAGUUAAAUUUGAUGUUGACGUAAAAGGUGAACCAGCACCAACACUUACAUGGGUAUUCAAGGAAAAAGAGCUAUCCAGCGACAAUCAAGUGCGUUUGGAACAUGAAGAAUAUAAUACAAAACUAACGAUACUGAAUACAACACGUGCUCAAACCGGAAUUUAUAAAUUAAAAGCUGAAAAUAUAAAUGGCGCCGAUGAGGCCGAAGCUGAAGUUAUUGUACUGGACAAACCCGCAAAACCUGAAGGGCCUCUGGAACCAUUUGACAUACAUAAGGAAGGUUGCAAAUUGAAAUGGAAGAAACCAAAAGAUGAUGGUGGCGUACCACUGACAGGUUAUAUAAUUGAAAAAAUGGAUACUGCAGUUGGUCGAUGGGUGCCAGCAGGCUCCGUAGAUUCUGAAAAGACAGAACAUGAAAUUAAAGGCCUUGAGCCUAAUCAUCGGUAUCAGUUCCGUGUUAAGGCGGUCAACGAAGAGGGCGAAUCAGAGUCUUUAGAAACUGAGAAUGUAAUAGUGGCAAAGAAUCCGUUUGAUGUAUCCGCACCACCUGGCUUACCAGAGUUAGAAGACUGGGAUGAGCAUCAUGUUAAACUAAAAUGGGAGCCCCCAAUUCGCGAUGGAGGGGCGCCAAUAACCGGCUAUGUAAUUGAAAUGAUGGACAAAGAUUCUGGUGAGUUUAUCAAAGUGGCGGAAAUUGACGGUCCGAUAUGUAAGGCCACAGUUAAGAAACUAGAAGAAGGGCAGCAAUAUAAAUUUCGAGUACGCGCCAUAAAUAAAGCCGGCACUUCUGAGCCAUCUGAGCAAACUAACUGGCAUACAGCCAAGCCACGCUUUCUAAAGCCGCAUAUUGAUCGUACAAAUUUGAAACCAGUUAUAGUGAAAGUUGGUCUAUCCAUAAGUUUAGAUAUAGCUGUUAAAGGUGAACCUGCGCCGAAAAUUGAAUGGUUCUUUAAAGAACAACCAUUGGUAUCCGACAAAGAAGGUAUUAAGAUUGAUAGUGUUGACUAUAAUACCAGAUUCUUUGUAAUGCGUGCUAAACGGCCACAAAGUGGAAAAUAUGUUUUAAAAGCCACAAAUGAAGUUGGCGAAGAUGUUGCUGAAUUAGAGGUUACUGUUUUGGGUAAACCGAGUAAGCCAAAGGGUCCACUACAAGUUAAGGACAUUAAUAAGCAUGGUUGCAAAUUGAAAUGGGAAAAGCCGUUAGAUGAUGGUGGCGCCCCAAUCGAUUAUUAUGAAAUUGAAAAAUUAGAUCCACAUACAGGUCAAUGGUUGCCAUGUGGUAAAAGUACUGAACCUGAAGCCAAGAUAAUAGGUCUGCAAGAAGGCAAACCUUAUAAAUUCCGAGUAAAGGCUAUUAAUAAGGAAGGUGAAUCAGAAUCUUUGGAAACUGAGAAACCAAUUAUCGCGAAGAAUCCCUUUGAUGAACCUGAGAAACCUGGUCGACCAGAACUAACCAACUGGGAUAAAGAUUUUAUAGAUUUAGCGUGGGACCCACCAAAGAACGAUGGUGGUGCACCAAUUCAAAAGUAUAUUAUACAAAUGCAUGACAAAUCUGGACGCGGAUGGGUUGACGCUGCUACGGUACCGGCAGACCAUACAAAAGGUACUGUUACUAAUGUAGAAGAAGGUCAUGAGUAUGAAUUCCGUAUUGUGGCAGUAAAUAAAGCUGGACCUAGUGAACCCAGCGAUGUUUCAAAAUCAGUUGUCGCCAAACCGCGUUUCCUUAAACCACAUAUUGAUCGUAACACUUUACAAAAGAAAGUACUGCGUAGCGGGCAAUUGUUACACAUGGAAGCGGCUGUAAAAGCUGAACCACCCGCUAAAGUGACCUGGACAUACAAUGGUGAAGUACUCAAAACAAAUGAACGUAUUAAAAUAGAAAAUGAGAAUUAUAAAACUACAUUUAUUAUGCCAAAAGUUAAGCGUGCAGACAAAGGUAUCUAUAUUGUGACUGCUAAAAAUGAUUCCGGCACUGAUAUCGUUAACGUGGAAUUAGAAGUACUAUGUAAACCGGGUAAACCAAAAGGUCCACUUGCUGUUUCUGAUGUAACAGCCGAAUCAGUUCAGUUAAAAUGGGAGAAGCCCGAAGAUAAUGGAGGAGAACCAAUUGAGCACUAUAUUGUUGAACGCAUGGAUACUGAAACUGGUCGUUGGGUACCAGUAUGCACAACUAAGUCACCAGAAGCCGAGGUUACAGGAUUGGUUGAAGGUAAACAAUACUUGUUCCGAGUUAAAGCAGUCAAUGCAGAAGGUGAUUCAGAACCUUUGGUUACCGAUACAUCAACCACAGCAAAAAAUCCAUUUGAUGCUGCUGAUGCUCCGGGAAAACCACGAAUCUCUGAUUGGUCGGCUAGCCAUGCUGAUUUAUCUUGGCGUCCCCCAGAAAAUGAUGGCGGGGCGCCGAUUGUUCGUUAUAUAGUAGAAAAAAAAGACAAUAACACUGGAAAAUGGCAGAAAGUUUUAGAAACAAGCACACCCGAUUGCAAAGCAAGAGUUAAUGAUUUAAGCGAAGGUACGAAAUACCAGUUCCGAGUAAAGGCCGUAAACAAGGCCGGACAUAGUAAGCCUUCUGAACCUUCAGAUCAGAUGACGGCAAAGGAUCGCUUUGCGCCGCCUAAAAUUGAUAGAACAAAUAUAAGAGACAUAACAAUCAAAGCUGGACAGCAUGUGCGUCUCGAUAUCAAAGUAUCAGGAGAGCCCCCAGCAACUAAAACUUGGUUUCAUAAUAAAGCUCGCAUAGAAGAUCAAACCGAUGAUAUAAAUAUCGAUUUGGAGCAUUAUCGUACCAAAUUUUCUAUACCUAUUGCAAAGCGCAAAAAUACUGGAAAGUAUACAAUCAAAGCCGAAAACGAUUCAGGUCAUGAUGAGGCCACGUUUGACAUCACAAUUUUGGAUAAACCAGAUAAACCAGAGGGACCCUUGCGGAUUCAAGAUGUACACAAAGAAGGUUGUCAAUUGAAAUGGAAUCCACCAUUAGAUGAUGGUGGUUUACCAAUAGAGUACUAUGUCGUUGAGAAAAUAGAUUUGGAAAGUGGGCGUUGGUUACCGGCUGCACGCGUUAAAGAACCUUUCGCCGAGCUCAACAAUUUAGAAGCAGGCCAUGAAUAUAAAUUCCGAGUAUUGGCUGUAAAUACAGAGGGCGAAUCAGAGCCUCUAGAUGGCGAACAGUCAGUUAUAGCGAAGAAUCCAUUCGAUGAACCUGGUAAACCAGGGACACCCGAAUCUGUUGAUUGGGAUAAGGAUCAUGUAGAUUUGGUAUGGAGGCCACCAUUAAAUGAUGGUGGGGCACCAAUUACAGGCUAUAUCAUUGAAAAACGUGAGAAAGGUACUGAUCGCUGGAUUAAAGCAGCAGAAACACCAGCCGGAUCAGGAAUUGACGAGUUUAAAGGUACUGUACCAAACCUUGACGAAAAUUGUGAAUAUGAAUUCCGCGUAAAGGCUAUAAACAAAGCUGGCGCUGGAGAGCCAUCUGAUGCAAGCAAAUCUGUAAUUACAAAACCAAGAAAAUUGGCUCCGAAAAUUGACCGUCGCUAUAUUCGUACCUAUAAUGUUAAAGUCGGCGAAAGAAUAUACUUGGACAUACAGGUUAAGGGCGAACCUGCACCCGAUGUUACGUGGUCCCAAUCCGGCAAAUCUAUAAUACCAACAUCGAGUAGACAUAUUGAAAACAUACCUUAUAGUACAAAAUAUUUUAACGAGUCUCCAGAACGAAAGGAUACUGGUCUAUACAAAAUUGUUGCAACAAAUAAAUAUGGACAAGAUCAAGUUGAAUUCCAAAUCAAUAUAAGAACUAAACCUAGUAAACCUGAAGGCCCGCUCAAUGUUUCAAAUGUACAUAAGGAGGGUUGCAAGCUCAAAUGGAAUAAGCCUAAAGAUGAUGGUGGUGAACCUAUAGAAGGAUAUUUGGUGGAAAAGUUUGAUCCUGAUACCGGCAUUUGGUUGCCCGUGGGUAAAGCUGAAGGACCUGAAUUUGAGGUUGAUGGUUUGAUUCCUGGGCAUGAGUAUAAAUUCCGAGUUAAAGCUUUGAACAAGGAAGGCGAGUCAGAGCCAUUAGAAACAUUUGGAUCUAUCAUUGCGAAGGAUCCUUUUGUAAUACCAUCACAGCCUAGUGCACCGGAGCCAAGAGAUUGGACAGCAAACAAGGUUGAACUAGUUUGGCAAGAACCAGCUUCUGAUGGUGGUUCUCCAAUAACCGGAUACAUUAUCGAAAUGAAAGAUAAAUAUAGUCCAAUAUGGGAAAAAGCUUUGGAAACAAGUGAUCCUAAACCUACAGCCAUCAUUCAUGGAUUAGUUGAAGGCAAUGAGUAUCAAUUUAGAGUUAUGGCGGUAAAUAAAGCAGGACCUUCGGAAGCUUCCGACUCUAGUAAAACGUUCAUUGCUAAGCCUCGUUUUCUUGCUCCGAAAAUUGAUCGACGUAAUUUACGUGACGUUACCAUUUCUGCUGGUGCCCCACUGAAAUUCGACGCUGUUAUUACCGGUGAACCAGCACCUAAAGUUGAAUGGCGCGUUAACAACUGUCCUUUGCAAUCCGGCAAUACUGUUACAAUUGAGAAUCCGGUUUAUUAUACAAAAAUUGUCCUUAGGCCAACAACACGAGGAGAUUCUGGCGAAUACGUUGUAAAAGCCACCAACCACUCCGGCAAAGAUAGUGUUGUAAUAAGCGUCGUUAUAACAGACAAACCUAGUUCACCAAAGGGUCCAUUGCAAAUUUCUGAAGUUCACAAGGAAGGUUGCCAUCUCAAAUGGAAGCGUCCAGCUGAUGAUGGUGGCACACCCAUUGAAUAUUUUCAGGUUGACAAGCUUGAUCCAAAAACUGGUUGUUGGAUACCAGUUUGCCGUUCUAAUGAGCCGCAAGCAGAUGUUACUGGACUGGAACCAGGCGGCGAAUACAAAUUUCGUGUUUCGGCUGUAAAUGCUGAAGGUGAAUCAGCCCCACUAAUAUCCGAUGAGUCCAUAAUAGCCAAAAAUCCUUUCGACGAACCGGGAAAGCCACAACAUCUCCGCACCACUGACUGGGAUAAGGAUCAUAUUGAUUUAGCUUGGGUUCCACCGCUAAAUGAUGGAGGCUCUCCGAUUACAGGGUAUAUCAUUGAAAAGAAAGAUAAAUAUGGGCAAUGGGAGAAAGCACUUGAGGUUCCGUUCGAUCAAUGCAAAGCAUCUGUACCUGACUUAAUUGAGGGACAAGCCUAUGAGUUCCGUGUAUCUGCUAUAAACGCAGGAGGCAUUGGUGAACCAUCUGAUGCCACUACACCAAUUAUAGCAAAACCCCGUAACAAGGCACCUCUAAUUGAUCGUACAAACCUAAAUGAAGUACGCCUAAAAGCUGGUCAACCGUUCACAUUUGAUGUGAAAAUAUCAGGCGAACCUGCGCCACAAACUAAGUGGUGGCAUAAAAAACGUGAGGUAACUUCAAAAGACAAUGUUAAAGUAACACACAUUGACUACAGCAGCAAAUUAAAAGUUUCCAAUGCAACUCGUGCAGAGUCUGGUAUAUACACAAUACAUGCAGAAAACGCUUCUGGGGAAGAUUCUGCAGAAGUUAAGGUUAUCGUAAUCGAUAAGCCGUCUGCACCGAAUGGCCCUCUGCAAGUCAACAAUGUUCACGCCAGAGGUUGUACACUUAAUUGGAAUCCACCAGAUGAUGAUGGCGGUCAACGAAUUGACUCUUACGUUAUUGAAAAGCUUGACGAAAACACAGGUCGUUGGGUACCUGGUGGAGAAACCGAUGGACCAGAAACUAAAUUUGACAUAUCGGGUUUGACACCGGGACAUAAAUAUAAGUUCCGGGUUCGUGCCAAAAACCGACAGGGAGUUUCAGAACCUCUUACUACACCACACUCUACAGAAGCGAAGAAUCCCUACGAUGAACCAUCUAAACCAGGUAAACCUAUCAUUAAGGACUAUGAUAAGGACUUUGUUGAUUUGGAAUGGGCAAGGCCGGAAAGUGAUGGAGGAACAUCAAUAUCAGGAUAUGUUAUUGAGAAGCGCGAUAAGUAUUCACCCGAUUGGGAAGAAGCCGCUUUAAUAUCAGAUGACGUUUGUAAUGGUCUUGUGCCCAAUCUGACUGAUGGUGUUAAAUAUGAAUUCCGCAUUCGUGCAAUCAAUAAAGCAGGCAAAGGUGAACCUAGUGACCCAACAGCGCCACAUCUUGCAAGAAACAAAAAUGUCCCUCCUAAAAUUGACCGUAAUCACAUGUUAGACAUUAAAGUACGUGCCGGACAAGCAUUUGAAUUUGAUGUACCGAUAACAGGAGAGCCUGUGCCUAGUAAAGAAUGGUUACACGAGGGAAACGUGGUUGUCAAUAGUGAUCGUGUAAAAAUUAUUAAUGAAGAAUAUCGAACGAAGAUUCGGGUUGUUGACUCGAAGCGUGUCGAUACUGGCAUUUACACACUAACUGCUCGCAAUAUUAAUGGUACCGAUCGAGCAACAGCUAAAGUAACAGUAUUGGAUGUCCCUUCACCACCCGAAGGUCCAUUGCGUCCACAAGAUGUUACCAAAAAUUCGAUAACGCUAAGCUGGCGACCUCCCAAAGAUGACGGUGGUUCUGAAAUUAGCCAUUACGUUGUAGAAAAAAUGGAUGCUGCAACAUUGCGUUGGAUACCAGUAGGUGAAACCACGGAUAAUCAAAUCCGUGCGGAUAAUUUAAUUGAGGAACACGAUUAUAAUUUCCGCGUGCGCGCUGUAAAUAAACAAGGCGAGUCUUUGCCGCUGGCAACUACACAGUCUUUUACAGCGAAAGAUCCAUUUUCACGUCCUGAUAAACCGGGACAACCACAGCCAGUGGAUUGGGGUAAAGAUUUUGUUGAGCUUAAAUGGUCUGCUCCAAAACGUAAUGGCGGUUCUCCGAUUACGGGGUACAUUGUUGAAAAACGGCCAAAAUUCGGACAAUGGGAAAAGGCAGUAGAUAUACCAUUCAGUGAAACUAAAGCUUUAAUACCUGACCUGUCCGAAAAAGGUGAAUACGAAUUCCGUGUAAUUGCUGUAAAUAAAGCAGGUCGUAGCGACCCAUCCGAUCCAUCAACAUUAGUAACAUGCAAACCCCGUUUUUUGGCACCAUACUUUGACAAAUCGCUUUUGGAAGAUAUUACUGUUCAUGCAGGCAAACGCCUGGGUUGGUCACUGCCCAUUGAAGCUUCCCCAAGGCCAACUGUAAAAUGGUCAUUUAAUGGUGUUGAAAUUCAGCCAAAGCCAGGUCUCGAUAUGAGCCUAUUCCAAAAUGACUUAACAUUUGAAAUUUCUUCUGCUCUAAGAACAGAUGAAGGUAUUUACACUUUAUCACUGAAAAAUGAGCACGGAAUGUUUGAAGCAUCCGCUCAUGCAACUGUUUUAGAUCGUCCCAGUCCACCGAUUGGUCCCCUGUAUGCAACAAAUAUAACUAAAGAAGGUUGCCACCUGUCAUGGGGUGUACCAAAAGAUGAUGGCGGAUCACCAAUUUUACAUUAUGUUAUUGAGAAAAUGGACCUUUCGCGUGGUACAUGGUCAGAUGCCGGUAUGAGUACACAUCCAGUACAUGAUGUAAUACGCUUAACACAUCGCAAGGAAUAUAUAUUUCGCGUAAAAGCAGUUAAUGCCAUCGGCGAUUCAGAUCAUUUGGAAAUUCCGCAGAGUAUUAUAGCCAAAAACGAAUUCGAUGAACCGGAUGCUCCUGGACGACCCCUGGUUACAGAUUGGGAUUGCAAUCACGUUGACCUGCAAUGGACACCACCGCAGUCAGAUGGAGGUGCAUCGCUAACAGAGUAUAUUAUUCAAAAGAAAGAGAAAGGUAGCCCUUACUGGGUAAACACACAGCAUGUGCCACCAGACAAGACAUUUGUCUCUGUACCUGAUUUGACAGAAAGACAGGAAUAUGAAUUCCGUGUUAUAGCAGUUAAUAAAGCAGGACAGUCAGAACCCUCAGAAUCAUCAGAUCUUGUUAUGGUAAAAGCUCGUUAUCUCGCACCCAAGAUCAUAACCCCACUACAAGAUAUUAGAAUAAAAGCUGGUCUUAUAUUCCACAUUGAUAUCGAUUUUAUUGGAGAACCUAUACCAGAAGUUAUUUGGAAUCAAAACAAUAUUCCCUUAACCUCAAAUGAGCGCUCAACAAUUACCUCUGUUGGUCAUCACACUGUUGUGCAUAUUGUUAAUUGUCAAGGUAACAACUCAGGUAUAUACCACUUACUAAUUCGGAAUGACUCGGGAAUCGAUGAAGGAAGCUUUCAGUUAGUGGUUUUGGAUCGACCAGGGCCACCAAUAGGUCCGUUGGAAUAUGAAGAGGUUAGUGCAAAUUCAGUAACUAUAUCAUGGAAACCACCAGUUGAUAAUGGGGGUUCAGAAAUUUCAUCAUAUAUCAUUGAAAAACGCGAUCUUACUCAUGGAGGCGGUUGGGUGCCCGCUUUGAAUUAUGUCAAUGCAAAAUAUAAUCACGCUGUUGUACCUCGUCUGCUUGAGGGCACCAAAUAUGAGUUCCGAGUAUUGGCUGAAAACUUACAAGGGCGUUCAGAUCCCUUAAAUAGUGAUGGACCUGUAAUAGCCAAAAAUCAAUAUACAGUGCCUGGCAUACCAAGUAAGCCAGAACUUACCGACAGUGAAAAAACUCAUAUCACUUUCAAGUGGAAGCCACCAAUUAGUAACGGUGGAUCAACUAUUUUGGGUUAUGACAUUGAACGUCGCGAUUUAACAACUGGUCGUUGGGUUCGUAUUAAUGCUGAGCCAGUACCUAAUACUGAAUAUACUGAUGAACGGGUAAGCCCUGAUCACAAAUAUCAAUAUCGUGUAUCGGCUGUAAAUGCAGCAGGCAGUGGAAAGCCAUCGGAACCCUCAAAUACAUUUAGCGCGCGACCAAUGCGUGAAAAACCAAGAUUACAUCUCGGUGACCUUGUUAGUCGAAAGAUUAAAAUCCGAGCUGGGGAACCGGUUAACCUUAAUAUACCCAUAUCAGGUUCACCUACCCCAACAAUCGAAUGGAAACGCAGUAACCUUACAGUGCAGGAAACAAACAAAAUUUCUUAUAAUACUAACUCAGAACGUACUAUCUUACGAAUUGACGAUUCCACCAGGCAAGAUUCUGGUGUGUAUACAGUGACUGCUGAAAAUGAAUUCGGAAAGAAUUCUGCAGAAAUUGUAAUUAUCGUCGUUGACAAACCAAGUCCACCUAAAGGGCCACUCAAUUACUUGGAAAUCGCUCCAGACCACAUAAGUUUAGAAUGGAAUCCACCGGAAGAUAAUGGCGGCAGUGAAAUUACUGGGUAUACUAUUGAAUUAAGUGAAUUCGGCGUAGACAAUUGGCGUCCAGUACCUGGUUAUUGUCCAAGAACCAAUUACACGGUUAAAAAUUUGAUUGAAGGUAGAAAAUAUGUUUUCCGUGUCAUGGCAGAAAAUAUUUAUGGAAUUUCUGAGCCAUUAGAGGGCAAACCUGUUGUAGCAAAAUCUCCGUUCGAUCCGCCAGAUGCACCCAACAAUCUGUACGUCGCAGCCUACUCUCCAAGUUCCGCAAGCUUGGAAUGGCAGCCACCGGAUUCUUGUGGCGGUAAGCCAAUCACUGGAUAUAUUGUAGAAAGAAGAGAACGAGGAGGCGAAUGGCUUAAAUGUAACAAUUACCCCACACCAAAUACUAGUUAUACAGUACAAGACUUACGUGAAGGUAAUCGUUACGAGUUCCGAGUCACAGCUGUAAAUGAAGCUGGUCCUGGAAAGCCGUCGAAACCAACUGAACCAAUGACUGCUCAACUACAACGCUAUAAACCUGACGCCCCUGAGCCACCAAAAGCAGAUCGCAUCACAAAAGAUGGUGUCACUCUUUCAUGGAGGCCACCACGAUUCGAUGGUAAAUCGAAAAUCAAAGGCUACUACCUACAAGUACGAACUAAGGAUUCAAAGAACUGGUUGCCGGUCAAUGAACUUCCAAUCAGUGAAACAGUUUAUCAUGUACCUAAUUUAAAGGAAGGAAACUCAUACUCAUUCCGUGUAUUUGCUGAAAAUGAUGUCGGAUGUUCCGACCCAUCCAAGCCAUCCCAGCUAAUUGCUAUUGAAGAGCAACCAAAUAAACCACGUAUGGAUCUUGGACGUGUACGUGACAUUGUUUGUCGAGCUGGUGACGAUUUCUGUAUUCACGUUCCUUACGUUGGCUUCCCUAAACCCACCGCACAUUGGUACUCAAACGACAUACUUAUAGAAGAUGAUGGGCGCCGAAUAUUCCACCACUUGACCGACGAUGCUGCAUCAUUCGUUGUUAAAAACUCCAAACGGUUUGAUUCCGGACAAUAUAGAUUACAAUUGAAAAAUCCUUCAGGUUUUGAUACGGCUACAAUUAAUGUAAAAGUAUUAGAUCGGCCACAACCUCCAACAAAUCUAUGUGCAGAUGAAUUUGCAGGCGAUGCGUUUACACUUUAUUGGACACCACCUAAAGAUGAUGGUGGCUCUCCCAUCACCAAUUAUAUUAUUGAAAGGAAAGAAAAAUCGUCAAACACAUGGGCGAAAGUAAAUAGUUACUGCACUGUACCAUUUUUACGCAUACGCAAUUUGACUCUAGGUAAAGACUAUGACUUUCGGGCUUACGCCGAAAAUAAAUAUGGUAUAUCUAACCCGGCUACAACCUCAGAACCCGUUCGGGCUCGUCAUCCAUUUGAUGUGCCGAAUGCACCUGGCAUACCCCGAAGCAUUGACUCAAGUGAAGAUAGUAUUACAAUAACUUGGGCAAAACCAAAACACGAUGGCGGUUCGCCUAUUACUGGCUAUAUUAUUGAAAAACGUUUAAUAAGCGAUGAGCAAUGGACUAAAGCAAUACACGCACAUUGCCCAGAUUUAACUUGCAGAAUACCAAAUCUCAUUGAGAAUGGAGAGUAUGAAUUCCGCAUUGCUGCCGUUAAUGCAGCUGGACAAUCGUCAUACAGCGCUUCUAGUGACCCUAUCUAUUGUCGUCGGCCACCACAUGCACCAAAGAUAACGUCAGAUUUGUCGAUUAGAGAUAUGACAGUUAUCGCUGGUGAAGAAUUCAGCAUAACUGUACCAUACACCGCGAAUCCACGUGCUACACCUACAUGGAAAAUAAAUGGCCAAGAUGUCAUCCAAGAUGACCGAAUACGUUUUACUACAUCUGAUUACAGUUCCGUUUAUUGUAACAAAUCCGCUAGACGUUUAGAGACUGGUUCGUAUUCUAUUACCCUGACUAAUAGUAACGGUUCUGAUACAGCAUCUUGCCAUGUCACAGUAGUAGAUAGACCUAGUUCACCACAAGGACCGUUAUCAGUUUUUGAUAUAACGCCAGACACUUGUACAUUGGCCUGGAAGACUCCAUUAGAUGAUGGUGGAUCCCCUAUAACCAAUUACGUUGUCGAAAAGCUGGAUAAUAGUGGAACUUGGACAAAAGUUAGUAGUUUUAUUCGUAAUACUCAUUACGAUGUUAUGGGCUUGGAACCAAAUCGUAAAUACCAUUUCCGUGUACGAGCUGAAAAUCAAUAUGGACUCUCUGAUCCUCUGGAAUUAGACGAUCCAGUGGUGGCAAAAUAUCAAUUCACAGUGCCAGAUGCACCAGGUCAGCCGAAAGUAAUUGAUUGGGACUCUGGCAAUGUUACGCUUAUAUGGGCUCGUCCAUCUAGUGACGGUGGUUCACGUAUUCAGGGUUAUCAAAUUGAAUACCGGGAUGUUGUCAAUGAGUCAUCAUGGAAUACUUAUGAAUAUUUAAUUAAAGAUACAAAAUAUCAACUUUAUAAUCUCACAAAUGGCUGCGAAUAUGAAUUCCGUAUAAAGGUCAAGAAUGCCGCUGGUUUUAGUAAGCCAUCACCACCCUCUACCAAAUUUAAACUAAAAGGCAGAUUUACAGUGCCUCCGCCUCCAGGCACACCUCAGGUUACGAAGGUCGGUAAAAACUAUGUUGAUCUCAAAUGGGAAAGACCUACUAGCGACGGUGGUUCGCGUAUUACAGGAUAUAUUGUUGAACGUCGCGAUAUUGGCGGUGCAGUUUGGGUGAAAUGCAACGACUACAAUGUUAUGGACACUGAAUAUACAGUACUUAAUUUAAUUGAAAUGGGUGAUUAUGAAUUCCGAAUUUUCGCAGUGAAUGCGGCUGGGCGUUCCGAACCGAGCUCUUGUACUAUGCCCAUUAAGGUAUGCGAAGUGAUUGGUGGUGUAAAACCAGAAUGGGUUACUCGUCUACAAGAUCGUAUUGCACCAUGUGGUAAAGAUUUCAUAUUAGAAUGCGAGGCCACAGGAAAGCCUCUACCUAAUGCCAGAUGGUUACGAAAUGGUAAGGAAAUUCAAAUAGGAGGGGGACGAAUUGUAUCUGAAAGUAAAGAUGGUAUAUUCCGUUUACACAUUUCUAAUAUACAAUCCGGCGAUGAUGGUGACUACACCUGCGAAGCAUUCAAUUCUCUUGGUUUCGUACAUACAACUGGACAUUUAAAGAUAGGUUCCCCACCAGUUAUCACACGUUGUCCCAAUGAACUGCAGCUCACUGAAGGUGAUAAUACGAAAAUUAAGAUUUAUUAUAAUGGUGAUCAGCCAAUGAAUAUCAGUCUAAGCAGAAACAAUGAGACAAUUUCGGAAAAAGAUGAACCACACAUCAAAUGUACCGUAUUCGAUGAUUAUCUUACAAUCUUUAUUCGAGAUAUUGUAAAAACUGAUGCUGGACUUUAUCAAAUUAAAUUAGAAAAUGAAUCAGGUACUGCCACAAGUCAAUUUGAUGUACGUAUUACUGGAUUACCUUCUGCUCCCGUCGGUCCAAUGGGUGUGUCUCACAUCAAUAAACAUUCUUGCACGUUAUCAUGGCGUCCACCAUCCUACAAUGGAGGUCUACGUAUAACACACUAUGUAGUUGAACGUAAGGAUGUGACUUCACCACACUGGAUUACUGUUUCCAGUUUUUGCAAAGACUUAUCUUUUAACGUUCAGGGACUAAUUGAAAAUCAAGACUACAUCUUCCGUGUUAUGGCAGUUAAUGAUAAUGGUUUGGGACCGCCAUUAGAGGGUUUGAAUCCUGUUCGAGCAAAAGCACCCAUUGACCCACCAUCGCCACCAGGGAAGCCAACCAUAUCAGAAGUAGGUGGUGAUUUUGUGCAUUUAGAAUGGACGAAGCCGGAGACGGAUGGUGGUGCUCAUAUACAAGGCUAUUGGGUUGACAAACGCGAAGUUGGUAGCAACACAUGGCAACGUGUCAACGUUACCAUUUGCCUUACCAAUCAAAUAAACUGCUCAAAUCUAAUUGAAGGUCGUCAUUACGAAUUUCGUGUUUUCGCACAAAAUGAAGCUGGAUUGUCGAAAGAAUCUUCUAAUUCAACCGCAAUUAAAGUAAUAGAUCCACAGGCAGCUACUCCACCAAUUAUUGUUAAACCACUCGGUGAUGCUACGUGCAUACAAAAUCACAAUGCUCAAUUUACCUGCACAAUUACUGGCCUACCACGUCCAGUUAUAACAUGGUACAAGGGAGCACGGGAAAUUACUAAUGGUGCACGCCAUCAUAUGUAUGCAGAAGGCGACAACUAUUUCCUCAAUAUCGCAGAUGUCUUUGGUGAAGACGCAGACGAAUAUGUUUGCCGUGCUGUCAAUAAGGCUGGAGCUAAAUCAACACGCGCUGCAUUAGCUAUUAUGACUGCUCCGAAACUGAAUGUUCCUCCUCGGUUCCGAGAUACUGCAUACUUCGACAAGGGUGAAAAUGUUGUUAUUAAAAUACCAUUUACCGGUUAUAGAAAGCCUAGAAUUACUUGGAUACGUGAAGGUGAAACUAUUGAAUCGGGCGGACAUUAUACAGUGGAAACAAAGGAGCGGCAUGCAGUAUUGAUUAUACGAGACGGGUCAAAAUUGGACUCUGGUCCGUAUGUCAUAACUGCAGAAAAUGAUCUUGGCUCCGAUGCAGCCACAAUUAGAAUCCAAAUAAGUGAUCGCCCAGAUCCUCCCCGGUUCCCAUUAGUUGAAAACAUCAGUACCGAAUCACUGUCCUUGAGCUGGAGGGCCCCAGUUUGGGAUGGCGGUAGCCAAAUAACAAGUUACCUAGUAGAGAAACGAGAACACCCAAUGUCAUCAUGGAUUCGUGUCGGAAAUACCCGACUCACAUCAAUAGCUAUAACUGGCUUAACACCAGGAAAGGAAUAUGAGUUCCGUAUUUAUGCUGACAAUGUUUAUGGUCGCUCAGAUCCAUCUGAAAUCAGCACUUUAAUUAAAACAAGAGAUAUUAUUAAAAAGAAGCCAGCCAAAAAACGAUAUGAGAUUGAUGAGCAUGGUAGAAAAGUUCGAGGCAAAGCGGACGGACCAAUUAAAGAUUACGACUCAUAUGUCUUUGACUUAUACUCAAAAUUCGUACCACAACCGGUCGAAAUUUCACAUGACAGCGUCUAUGAUAAAUAUGAUAUAUUAGAAGAAAUUGGCGCUGGCGCAUUUGGAGUCGUACAUAGAUGUCGCGAACGUAGUACAGGUAACAUAUUUGCCGCAAAGUUUAUUCCUGUAUCACAUGCGGUAGAAAAGGAUUUAAUACGACGGGAAAUUGAUGUUAUGAAUCAAUUGCAUCAUCAGAAAUUAAUCAACCUGCACGAUGCAUUUGAAGAUGACGAUGAGAUGGUGCUUAUUUUAGAAUUUUUAUCAGGAGGUGAAUUAUUUGAGCGUAUAACAACUGAGGGUUACCGUAUGACUGAAGCGGAAGUAAUAAAUUACAUGCGCCAGAUUUGCGAAGGAAUACGCCACAUGCACGAAAAGAAUAUUAUUCAUUUAGACAUUAAACCAGAAAAUAUCAUGUGUCAUACUCGCUCUAGUAGGAAUGUAAAACUGAUUGACUUCGGUUUGGCUACUCGUUUGGAUCCAAAUGAAGUCGUCAAAAUAACAACUGGCACAGCUGAAUUUGCCGCACCAGAAAUUGUUAAUCGCGAGCCAGUAGGUUUCUAUACAGAUAUGUGGGCCACUGGAGUACUUGCCUAUGUGCUGUUAAGUGGAUUGUCACCAUUUGCUGGCGAUAAUGAUAUCCAAACUUUAAAGAAUGUUAAAGCCUGUGACUGGGACUUUGAUGCAGAUGCUUUCCGCCAUAUAUCUGAAGAAGCUAAGGACUUUAUUAGGAAACUCCUUCUUGCAAAUAAGGAAAAACGUAUGACUGCACAUGAGUGCCUAUUGCAUCCAUGGCUAAGCGGUGAUCAUGGUGAUCGUUCUGAGCAAAUAUCGCGUGAUCGCUACCUUGCAUUCCGUGAUAAACUUCGGAAAAAAUAUGAAGAUUUCAAUAAAUAUUUACUGCCAAUUGGACGUUUAUCUGAAUAUUCUUCAUUGCGUAAGUUACUUAUGGAAAAAUAUAAAAUGCACGAAACUUCCUUUGAUCGUCGACAAGCAGCACCACGAUUCGUCAUCCGACCGUCAUCACAAUUUUGCUAUGAAGGUCAAAGCGUUAAAUUCUAUUGUCGUUGUAUAGCUGGUGCUACUCCGACUUUAACAUGGUCUCACAAUAAUGUCGAACUCCGGCAAAGUGUUAAAUUUAUGAAACGUUAUGCCGGUGAUGAUUACUACUUUAUUAUAAAUCGUGUUAGGCUGGAUGACAGAGGCGAAUAUAUUAUUCGUGCAGAAAAUCACUAUGGCUCGCGCGAGGAAGUAGUAUUUUUGAACGUACAUCCACUGCCGAAGGAACAACCGCGUUAUCGCAGUGAAUCAACGCCAGUGCGUCGACGUGAUCCGUUACCAUAUACUUUCUGGCAAGAAGAAUCAGAAUCGGCACCCAGCUUUACAUUCCUCUUACGACCUCGUGUUAUGCAAGCACGUGAUACAUGUAAACUAUUAUGUUGUCUCAGCGGCAAACCCGUACCUACUGUUAAAUGGUAUAAGGAUGGAAGGGAGCUAAGCAAAUAUGAGUACUCAAUGUCGGCUUCCGAUGGCGUUGUAACAAUGGAAAUCAUUGACUGCAAACCUUCAGAUUCUGGCAAAUAUACUUGCAAGGCCACCAACUGUCAUGGUACCGAUGAAACCGAAUGUGUAGUAAUAGUUGAGGGAGAAUGGGUAACACCUGAGCAGGCAGAACUUGCUCACAAUUUACUACAUUCUGGAGACCGUAAGUAUAUAGAACACCCACUGAAGCCAGCACCGUCACCCAUAAACACGAUACGUAAAUUCACAUCCAGCUCCUACUCCAAUCAAUACAACGGCUCUUCUUCUACUACACAGCAGAGUUCAAAUUACUUUUCCACCAGCCAGACCAACAUUCACAAUUCAAGCUCCUCCAACUCCUCCAGUACCAGCAAUAAAAAGAAAUAUAACAGCAAUAGCUUAAAUACGUUAGGAAGUCCAUCUAGAUCACGCAGCGCUACCAAAGAGCUAAUUUUGCCUCCUGAUGAUGCACUUAUGUGCAAGCCCGAGUUCACGAAGUCGCUACAAGAUCUUACUAUAAAUGACGGUGAUAAGUUGCUUCUAACUUGUCAUGUUAAAGGCGACCCGGAGCCACAGAUAACGUGGGCUAAAAACGGCAAACUUAUUUCAUCAUCAGAUAUUAUGGACUUAAAAUACAAAAAUGGGGUAGCAACGCUUACUAUACAUGAAGUUUUCCCAGAAGAUGAAGGAAUAUUUACGUGUACUGCUACGAAUUCUAUUAGCGCUGUUGAAACUAAAUGCAAAUUAACUGUUAAACCCCUAGAUAAAAAUGCCAGUAAACGACAGACUAGCAGUUCCAAACCACCAAAAAUUGUUAGCCACCUGGAGUCACGUUUUGUAAAAGAUGGUGAGAUGGUAACAUUGGCAUGCCGUAUUAUAGGCGCUGAACAUUUCGACGUAGUUUGGCUGCACAACAACAAGGAGAUCAAACCAAGCAAAGACUUCCAAUACACCAACGAGGCUAAUAUUUAUAAAUUACAAAUAGCUGAAAUAUUUCCAGAAGAUGGCGGAACGUAUACAUGUGAGGCAUUCAACGAUAUCGGCGAAUCAUUUAGCACUUGCACUAUUAACGUACUCGUACCUGGCGAAGAACCCAAACAACCCAUAUUUACAAAGUUUCCAAGUUCAGUUACAGUUGCCGAAGGUGAAAGAUGUGAUUUCGUGUGCGAAACCCAAAUAGAGCCAUUACAGAUUACAUGGUUAAAGGAUGGCAAGCCAAUAAAUGAAAACAGCACAAAGUACAGCUUCAUCAAGGACGGUAAUCGUUAUACAUUUGUUAUCGAAAAUUGCUCUAUGGAUGACAUGGGUCAAUAUCAAGCAAAGGCUAUUGGUAAAAAGUGUGAGACUUUAAGUGCUUUCUCUAUUAAUGUUGACUGAAUAACAAACCAUAAAAAUGUAACUAAGUACCUAGUGUUAGAAAUAAACGAAAACUAAAAAUAUAAACCGAAAUGUUAGUUCAAAUAAGUAUAUUUAUAACUGGGAGACAUAGGCGAACAAACAGCAUCAAUUAAAUCGCUCUCUUUCUCCAUCAAUCGCAACCACAUAACAAUGUUUGAAAAAUAUCGCCUUAUUUUUGGUAUUUUAAAAAAUAUACAACGCCUAUGUCCAAGAUGCACAUCCAUAGUAUGUAAAAAAAAUAUGCAUUUUGUAUAUAAGUAUGCUUUUACGUAAAUAUAUCUUGGCGAUAAUGUGAACUAGCAUUGCUCCGAACAAAGGAAUUAAUUUGUCUUUAUAUUUACAAACAUAUAUAAAUAGCACAAUAAUAAUUUAACGAUGCUAAAAGAUUUAUACACUGCCCUAUUCGAAAAUAAAUGAAUUUGCUAUGUAUUUGGCAACCUCGAACGAAAAAAAAAAUCACUUUAACAACUGUGGAAAUAAAAACCUACUGCUUAAUAAUUAUAACUGGCAUAUUAGGCUACCUACAAAAGAUCUAAUACAUACAAGUAUAUAAUAAUUAUAGACAGUAAUAAACGUGUACUAUAUUUAUGUGCAUUAUCUUAAAACCUAAAUAUAAUGAAUGUAUUUGCUUUCUCUUACAACUUUGAUGUUUCCAUGACAAUGAUUACUACUUAACUCUAGAAUGUCUUUAUGAAAUUCGGGUUGUAUGCUGAAUUGCUUUACAUGCCUAAUAUAGAUAUACAUAUUUAGUUUUUAAAUCUAUAUAUUUUGUUUGACUUACGUUUUAGGUAUGCUCUUGAAAAUGUAAGCUAAUUAAUAAUAAAUGGAGAAAACCACACAA